GCGGGCCAAGCAGGCGCUCCUAUGCAGCGGUGUGUGAAUACGUGUAUAGGGUGUAAGGGUGUAAGGGUGUUUCGGUCCGCACAUUCGCAGGAAGGGGGCCGCCAUGGCAGCUGCGGGAGGGGACGGUUUGGGCGCCUGUUAGGCAGAAAGGAUGGGGGAAAGAAGGCAGGAUGGAGGGAAGGCACCUCCCGACCAGGGCGGCAGAAGCACGGUGGUGUUUAUGCAGUGCAGCAGCAGCAGCAGCAGCGGGUACGGUGUGCUCAUGGUAGUAUGUAACGCAAGGUUGUGCUGCUCGAAUGCCGGUCAGCUGGUAACCAUCACUGGCAGUAGCACGUUAGGGCUUAAGAAGGGCUUUAUGCAAAGCAACAUUUCUGCGGAGGCGAACGGUCUUGUCAGGCGGGACCCAUUUAACGUGAAACCACGCAAGCGUUAUGUAGGUAAUACGGGACAUUUUAGUACAGUAGGUCCAUGCUGUUAGGCACACCAUCAACUUUGCGGCCGAAGAGGCUGUUGCUGAGGCCGAGAUGGAUCGUGUGUACGACCAACCGCCGGUCCAGAU